UGUUGUAGGAGGGAGGGUUAUUUAUCUUGCUUUCAACGGCUUUUUCUACGUACCAAAAACAACGUAUACAAACCGCUUUAGUUACAUCCAAAAUGUCUACUUCCGCUGGAACCAAGGUUACCACCGACGCCGCCUCCAACCAAGCCAUACCCGAAGCCGUCGGAACCGUGACAUCAGACUCCCUAGCCGCCGAGUCGCUCAAAUCCGCCGGAGCAUUUGGCGAAGGCAACCCCAAAGCCGCAGCUUCGAAACAGCCCUCCCACUCCACAACCACAAACACCACCGACACGUCCAGCGCGCGCGAGAUCCCACCCGCCGUCGACGCUGAGGCACGUGAGGCCCGCGACGGCUGGUCUGAGGCCCAGCAGCUCAGCGCCGGGAAGGGCCUCGGCAAGGAGUCCGGCGUAGGUCCCACGUACAACACCACCACGGGGGCAUCGACCUCCGCGACAGGCGGCCUCCCCGGCACAGGGUCGACAGGAGGAUCUGGAUUCCCCAACGGCGGCGGUGGCAGCGUGACUGGCGGGUACGCAGGUGCUGCCGACUCGGCGCGUGUUCCUGGCGAGUUCCAGCCCAAGGGGACGAACGUCCAGGAGGGCGGGUUUGACGCCGGCGCUCCCAAUGCGUUAUUCAACGGUGCGGAGCCGGGUUCUAAGGAUGAUCCUGCUCGUCUUGCGCAGCAGAAGUUCCAGUUGAGUAAUUCGCAGGCUGGUGCUGAUGGUGCUGGCGCUGCGAGGCAGGGAGAGGUGACGGGGGAGACGGCGUUUGAUGCGUUGGAGAGUGAGCAGAAUGCUUAGAGGGUGGGGGGUGUUAAUGAUGGGUAGUUAGAUGAAGAGGCUCAGUGGUAUACUUCACGAUAUAAUGAAUACAACGUGCUCAAGAAAGAGUUCAAUUCUAGUUGUUCUUCAGGUAGGCGUAUGUGGUGCAUGAGAUGCCUGACCAAUGUGAUGGUUUCUAUUAGCCAUCACGGUGGAAUGAUCUUAAGAACUUUAGCUACAGCUUAGGUCUAGUCCGGAGACCAUCAAGUUUUGGGGACAUAAUGUUCGUGGUACGCCGUAUGAUGUUGAACUGGAAGUCGGGAUGAAUGAGCGUUG